CUUUAGUUGAAGCUCAGCCGUCGGAGUGUUUUGAACGUAUGCAAAAAUGCUGACGCUUGUCUCGCGCAUAUAAAUCGCGUUCACUCGUAAACGGGAAUUCGGUAAAACGACGAUAAACGCAGCGUAAAUCGAAGACAAAAAGAAAAAAAAAUAGUAGAAAAAAAUAAAUACAUAGAAUAAAACUAAAGGCAGGCAAAAUAAAAUAUAUAAUAAAAAUGCAAAUGAUGCAUAUCGUGUACGCGCAAGAAACGGUAAAUGUCGCGUGUGUCUAAAGCGCCUAAUCAAAUGUUGAGAAUUUCGAAAGCGCCACAUUAACUGUUUUAGUUAAGAAACGCACAGCCCUCCCCCUCCCAGCCCAUCCCCCAACCGCAACACUUGUCAAAUGCUUUAAUUGCUGCGCUCUGCUUUUUGGGCAUACAUUAAAACGUGUAAACUACAACAACAACAACAACAAAAACAGUGUCUUGUGAGUGUGUCUGUGCGUGUGCGUGUGUUUGUAUCGUGGCAUUGUAGUUGUAGUGCCGGUUUAACUCCUCGGUCACGUGGCCAAAAGUUUGGGCCAUGUUUUGUGCACGCCCAAGCCACUGUUGCCAUUGUGCGUGACACAGUCCAGCGGCAAUAACAGCAACAACAAAAAAAAACAGCCACAACUAAAGGAUUAACACUUUGGAAGGCCAAAACUCAAUUUGUUGGCCAGCUGCUGCCGGCGCGGCGCCAUCGAAAUGUGCUACUACCACUAGACAGAAGCUGUGGCCGCAGCAGGUGGAGCAGAGGGGAGUGAGAAGUGAAGCAUAAACUGGCAGCCAGACGGGCCAAAACUGCAGCUGCGACUGGCGAAAUCUGCAAACCAAAUCCAACUUAAGUCACAUCAAAUUAAAAUCAACAAGCGGCGCACAGAAAAAGCAAGCAAGCAAAAAAAAAAAAUAGAAAAAAAUAUUAGAAGGAAGCCAACUGCAGCUUUUGGCCAAAAGAAAUUACAAAAACGAAAAAGUAAAAUAGGAGCAGCGCAUGAAAAUGAAGUGCAAUAAAAGUCAAAUGGCCACGUUAACAAUGUGGAAAAUUUUUAUGGCUCUGGCGCUCGUAAUGCCGGUCACAUUAGCGCACCAGCAUUCCAUGGCCGGCGGAGCUGGCGGCGUCGGUGGUUCUUCUGGACACGGCGGUGCCAUGGGCAUGGGCGCUGCCUCUGGACUCGGAAAAGAGGCACACGUGAAAACGAAGGACAUUGAUGCCGUCGAGGGUAAAUCAGUGUCGCUGCCCUGCCCCAUUGCCGAGCCCCUGCAUGAUGUUUAUAUGGUCUUAUGGUUUCGUGAUAACGCGGGCAUACCUUUAUACAGCUUCGAUGUGCGCGAUAAUAUGGCCGUUGAGCAGCCACGACAUUGGUCAGCUCCGGAGGUUUUUGGCUCACGUGCCAAAUUCCAUUUUGACUCGCAGCCAGCAACCUUGGAAAUUAAGGAUAUCAAACGGCAUGAUCAAGGCAUUUACCGUUGUCGUGUCGAUUUUCGCACAGCUCAAACGCAAAGCUUCCGUUUCAAUUUGUCUGUAAUAAUACUUCCGGAGCAGCCCAUCAUACUGGACCGUUGGGGUCGUCAACUGAAUGGCACAAAAUUGGGUCCCAAGCAGGAGGGCGAUGAUAUUGUUAUCACUUGUCGUGUGGUGGGCGGUCGGCCACAACCGCAGGUCCGCUGGCUAGUGAAUGGACUACUUGUCGACAAUCAAAACGAGCACAAUUCCGGCGAUGUUAUCGAGAAUCGACUGUUGUGGCCAUCGGUGCAGCGCAACGAUUUAAAUUCCGUAUUCACAUGUCAGGCAUUGAAUACGCAAUUAGAUAAGCCCAAGGAGAAGAGCUUCAUACUCGAUAUGCACCUAAAGCCAUUGACUGUAAAAAUUCUGGAACCACCCAGUUCAAUGAUUGCCGAUCGACGCUAUGAAGUCACGUGUGAAUCAUCGGGCUCGCGUCCGAAUGCCAUCAUCACUUGGUACAAGGGAAAACGUCAAUUGCGACGCACAAAGGACGACAUAUCAAAGAACUCGACACGCUCGGAGCUGAGCUUUGUGCCCACCACAGACGACGAUGGCAAAUCGAUAACAUGCCGUGCGGAAAAUCCAAAUGUGAACGGCCUUUAUUUGGAGACCAUGUGGAAAUUGAAUGUCGUUUAUCCCCCAUUGGUAACGCUGCGCUUGGGCUCCACACUGACACCGGAUGAUAUCAAGGAAGGCGACGAUGUUUACUUCGAGUGUCACGUACAAUCGAAUCCUCAAUGGCGGAAACUGUUGUGGUUACAUAAUGGCAUUCACUUGGAGCACAAUACAUCGGCUCGUGUCAUACGCUCCAAUCAGAGCCUGGUGCUGCAGAAGAUAACGAAACACUAUGCGGGAAAUUAUGCGUGCAGCGCCAUCAAUGAUGAAGGCGAAACGGUCAGCAAUCAGUUGCCGCUGCGUGUUAAAUACACGCCUGUUUGCAAGCACACGGAUCGCGUUAUACUAAUUGGUGCCUCCAAGGAUGAGACUGUUGAGGUUAUAUGCGAGAUACAAGCGGAUCCGCCGCCACGAACAUUUCGCUGGAAGUUUAACAACUCGGGCGAAACUCUGGACGUGGGCAGCGAACGAUUCAGCGUGAAUGGAAGCCGCAGCAUUUUAAAGUACACUCCGGUCACAGAUCAGGAUUAUGGUACACUAUCCUGCUGGGCGGCUAACGAGGUGGGCACACAACAACAGCCCUGCCUCUUCCAAGUGGUUUUAGCUGCUCUGCCAAAUGGCGUCAGCAAUUGUAGCAUCUUCAAUCGCACAGAGCUCAGUGUUGACAUACAAUGCAUACCCGGCUACGACGGCGGUCUGCCUCAAAUAUUUGUACUCGAAAUGUUUUCAACACGCACCGGCAUUACCAGACUUAAUCUAACCAAUGCGGAGGAGGCGCUCUUCUCGCUGGAGAAUCUGGACACGCUCACAUCGAUGAUGAUGCAGGAGAAUAACUCGCUGAGGAUGCGCAUUUACUCUUACAAUCAAAAGGGACGCAGUGCGGCAUAUCUCUUGCCCGAUUUCAUAAUUGGCUCAACAGCUUACAAGACAGACGACGAUGUGACGCUAACAUUGUCCCCGGUGAUUGUUGGCAGCGUUCUGACCAUCAUAAUUAUUGGGGUGGCCAUCGCGAUACGAAUAUUUCUGGUAACAUUCGUGCACAAUUUGCGACGCAACCGGCCACAUGGCAACAAGGCGACAUCAGCGGGCGUUGUCGUCCAAGCGGCCGAUGUCUUCAAGAGCGGCAACCUGGAGAAACCGCGCUGGCAGCACACUGAUAUAAAAACGAAAUCAUCGGAGGAUUUGGUCGAAGACGAACGUGAUCCAGAUGUAAUACCCUCACAAUAUGUGGGCGGCAGCAGCGCCGGCAGCAGCGGCAGCAAUGCCUCCAAUGUGGGCAGCACCACAGCCGGCACAACCACCGGCAGCAACACAUCGACAGCGGUCGCCGCAGCUGUAUCCGCAACCGACCGCGAUGCGCAUCAGUUUGCUGCGGCAGCAGCUCCAGCAGCGACGUCGUCUGCCGUUGGACUCGUUGGCAGCAUUUCCAAAUGGUCACCCAAUGGCAAUGCACCGACCAUGACGACGACUACGACACUGUCCAGCGAUCCGUCGAAUCCGCCGGUCACCUACAAUCAGAUCAAUGCGCAGCGGGCACAGCUGCUGGCCGCAGUGGCAGCGGUCGGUGGCGGCUGCAGCAGCACUGUCAUCUCGCCCAGCAGCAGCAUAAUGGGCAGCCUGGGCGCUGGCAAGCCGCUGACACUGGGCAUGGGCGGCACCAUCAUUGGAUCGCCCACGUCGCUGUCGUCGACGGCGACGCUGGCAGCGCAUCUGCAGCCGGCGCACAGCAGCGGAGUCGGCACACUGCCGCCUGGCCUGGGCAGCGGCGGUGGCUAUAUAAUGAAUGCCUAUGCCAGUGGCAGGCUGCAUCAUCCGCCAGGCGGUGCUGGUGUGGGUCACACGGCCACGUUAAAUCGCCAUCAUCAUCAUCAGCAGCAUCACCAGCAACAGCAGCAUCAUCAGCAUCAACAUCAUCAUCAGCAUCCCGGCUCCGGGUCGAGUUUGUUGCUGGGCAGUGUUGGCAGCGUAAUGGGCGUGGGCGUCACCUCAACAACAACCACCUCGUGCAAUUCCUCACAGGACUUGGAUGACAACAUUAAUAUAAAUGCGAUUAAGGAUUGUCUCAUGACGCAACGUGUGCCCGAGAGCUGCGUCUAAGUUGAGAAUUAUAAUGUCUAGACUUGGACCUUCGAUUAGCAACCUACACCUAGAACUAGACUUAAACGUCAGCUAAACGUGCUAUAUGUAUGUAGUUGUAUGUAUAUAUAUAUAUAUAUAUAUAUUUAAUAUGUAUGUCGUAGUAAUGUUCCCGUUAAGGUGCUGUGCAUAGCUAUGUUAAGUUAUAUUCUUUAUGACCAUCUGCAUAUCUUACGCAUAGAUUUCAUGGCAUAUCCUUUCCAAUAUCAAUUGAGAAACAACUGUGAACAAAUGCGGUGGCUACAUAUUAGCUGAAUCGCAGCGACAAGUUGGCAAUACCUUUUGCGAGAUACUGACUCGUCAAUAAAUCGAUAAGUUAUCAACAACUUUUAGGGCAAUGUUAUCAACUGUUAAACCAAUGCAGUGUAAUCACAUAUCUUCGAAAAUGUAUCAUUUAACACAAAUGCGACUCAGUUUAAUAAAAAGUAAUACUGGAGAAGUUAUGUGCAAUUAUUUCAUUUAAUUGGUAAUACCUGUUGAAAGGUGAUGUCGCCCAACCUUACUCCCGACAAAAAUGCGUUAUUUAAGCCAUGUUAACAAUAUUUCCAAAAUUCAAAGCAAAAUUAUGUCCUUUCAUAAACUGAAAAUUCUUAACAAAUUAUUUAGAGCGUAUUAAAACUUUAAGUGAAAAUUAAAUUUAAAUAAUAAAUAUUGUUAAGGCAACUUCAAAAAGACUCUGAAACUUAGUAGAAAAAAUUUAAUUUGUAGCGAAAAUGUUCCCAAACACAAAAAAAAAAUAAAAAUAAAAUAAAAUAGCUGGAAGAUAAAAGUAUAUAAGAAAAGUACUACGAUUAAGUCAAGUUGUAAAUAAUAAACUUACUAAACUUGUAUAAAGCAAA